AUCCACGAGACACGGGGAGUGAGGGCGGUGCUGGCCGCACCCCUGGUCCUGGGGCCGCGGGAGCCGUGCUAGCAGGCUGCCUUCCACUGCCGCCUACGCCGGUCGGGUUGCUGCAGCGGUGCCCGCUGCAGGAGCUCCGCGCCUGCUGCUUCUCCGACGUCAGGGCGCCGCCAGGAUGACAGGUGCAGGAGGCUGCGGCUGUGGGCAGAUGUGGUUUCCAGCCCCAGGUCCCGGCGGCCCCUGGCUUCCCAGCCCGCUGUCCUGUGAGCAAGAAGAUGAAGAAAGUCACCCCAUCAGCAGGUCAGCUGCCCCGCCUGGCAGCCCAGCCAGACAAGGCAACCGAAGUUCAUCCUGUCUGAGUUGACUCUGUGCAGGCAGCGGGCCGGCGCCCAGGAUGCUGGGGAGCCCUGCACGCCGGAGGCCGACAAGCCGUGGGGCCCAGAGGCGCCACAGGACGAGAAGGCACCCGCCUCCCAGCGCUUUCACCCCCUGGCCCGCCCGACCCGCUAGGUGUAGCAGUGGCUUCGGCCAAGCCAGGCAUUCUGCCCGGAGGCGGCUGCACAGGCGCGAAAACUGAGAACCCCUGCUCAACCCCAUCCGGGGUGACUGCCAAGUGCCCAUGUCAGCGACCCCGAUCCCCCUCCGAUGGAGGAAUGGGCGGGAGGCACGGCCUGGGGACCCUCAGGCUCGGCGCGCUGGCGAUCCCGAGGCCUACCAGGCCAUGCACCUCCAGCCCGCCUGGGCACCCAAGCUGCAGCCGCCUUCUGUGUGCAGCCAGCAGCCUCCAGGCAACCCCCGAGCCCACCAGCACUCCCCACAUCUCAGAACCGGGGCCAGAUGUCCCUGUGGCUGCGGCUGAGCUAGGUGGUCUGCCCUGCGGCGGGAACUGGCUCUCAGCCCCAUUCCCCGUGGCUGCAGAGGGCCACUGGCUAGAGGUCCCGAGCUUCAGCAGACGAGGAGCUGAGCAGGGGCAGGGCCUGGCGGGCUCUCAGGCCAGGUGCAGUCGCGAUCCAGAGGCCGCCUAGGCCGUGCUCCACCACCUGGGCGCCCAAGCUGCAGGCGCCCUCUACCUGCUGGCGACAGCUGCCUGGCAACUCCCAAGAUGGCUGGCGCUCCCAGCCUGGCAGAACCGGGGCUACAUGUCGCCCUGGCUGCGGCCAAGCCAGGCGGUCUGCCUGGCGGCGGCUGCACCGGGACAGGAACCGACCCCCCAGUCCCAUCCCCGGUGGCUGCGGAGGGCCCCCAUCUCAGCGGCCCCGAUCUCUCUUCGGAGGAGGAGCGGGUCGGGAGUAAGGGUCAGGCAGGCCCUCAGGCGGGAAGGGAUGCACUCCUGGGAUUCCGGGACGUCCCGCGGGAGCCCAGGAGAAUCGGCAAGCCAGCGACGCGUGCGCCCGAGCUGCAGGUGCCCCCUGCCGGCCACGAGGGCUUGGGAGCGGCUUCCGGAGUCCCGGCUGGCGCUGAGUUGUAGGCGCGCGCCUAACUGGCAUCGCGGGGACUCACUCGGUCUGAGAGUUCGGAGCGCUGAGGUUCAGGCGCGCGCCUAACGGCUUAGCUGGGCUCGCUCGGUCUGAGAGGUCGGAGUCUGCGAGUGUUGCUGCUGAAGGCUGUGGUGAACCGGGCUGGAUCGCGGAUUCUGAGCUACAUUGCGGGUUUGGGGGUGGAUCUUGGGUUUGGGGGUGGAUCGCGGGUUGGGGGGGGAUCGCGGAUUUGGGGCUGAGUGGGGGUGGAAAGGCCACGAGGAGCCGCCGCGGCUCAGGAGCGGGUGGUGGGCGUCUGAGAAGUCGCCACCAUGAGGAAGCUCUUCAGUUUCGGGAGACGCCUGGGCCAGGCGCUCCUGAGCUCCAUGGACCAAGAGUAUGCGGGUCCGGGUUACGACAUUCGGGACUGGGAACUGCGGAAGAUCCACAGGGCUGCCAUCAAGGGCGACGCCGCGGAGGUGGAGCACUGCCUGACGCGCAGGUUCCGGGACUUGGACGCCCGCGACAGAAAAGACAGGACUGUUCUACAUUUGGCCUGUGCCCGUGGCCGUGUGGAAGUGGUCACUCUCUUGCUGCACAGAAGAUGCCAGAUCGACAUCUGUGACAGACUAAACAGGACACCUUUAAUGAAGGCUGUACACGGCCAGGAAGAGGCUUGUGCCAUUAUUCUCCUGAAACAUGGCGCCAAUCCAAACAUUAAGGAUAUCUACGGCAACACUGCUCUCCAUUAUGCCGUGUAUAAUGAGGGGACUUCACUGGCAGAAAGACUGCUUUCCCACCAUGCAAAUAUUGAAGCACUAAACAAGGAGGGAAACACUCCACUUUUGUUUGCUAUAAAUUCCAGGAGACAGCAUAUGGUAGAAUUUUUAUUGAAGAACCAGGCAAAUAUACAUGCCGUUGACAAUUUCAAAAGAACAGCCCUCAUACUUGCAGUACAGCAUAACUUGUCAAGUAUCGUCACCCUCCUGCUUCAACAAAAUAUACAUAUCUCUUCUCAAGACAUGUUUGGCCAAACUGCCGAGGAUUAUGCUUUUUGUUCUGAUUUGAGAAGCAUCCGACAACAAAUUUUGGAACAUAAAAAUAAGAUGCUUAAAAAUCAUCUUCGAAAUGACAAUCAAGAAGCAGCAGCCAUGAAGAAUGAAAGUUUUAAAACACAAGGAGCAAGUUCAAAAGUCUCGCUCUAUCACCAGUCUGGAGUCCAGUGGCAUGAUCUCAGAUCACUGCAGCCUUCACCUCCCAGGUUCAAGCAAUUCUCCUGCCUCAGCCUCCCGAGGAGCUGGGACAACAGGCACAUGCGACCACGCCCAGAAACAGCAGCUAUGAAGCCUGCAAAUUUGAAAAAAAGAAAAGAACGUGCAAAAGAACACAACCUAAAAGUGGCUUCAGAGGAAAAGCAAGAAAGGCUCGAAAGAAGUGAAAAUAAACAGCCACAGGAUUCUCAAAGUUAUGGAAAAAAGAAGGAUGCGAUGUAUGGAAAUUUUAUGUUGAAGAGAGACAUUGCCAGGCUCAAAGAGGAAUUAUAUGCAAUAAAAAAUGACAGUCUCAGAAAGGAAAAGAAAUAUAUUCAGGAAAUUAAAAGCAUUACAGAAAUAAAUGCUAACUUUGAAAAGAGUGUAAGACUCAAUGAAGAAAUGAUAACAAAAAAAGUGGCCCGGUAUUCGCAACAGCUUAAUGAUCUGAAAGCUGAGAAUGCAAGGCUGAAUUCAGAAUUGGAGAAGGAAAAACACAACAAAGAAAGACUAGAAGCUGAAGUUGAAUCCCUCCAUUCUAGCCUGGCCACUGCUAUAAAUCAGUACAAAGAAAUUGUGGAAAGAAAAGACCUAGAACUAGUUUUAUGGAGAGCAGAUGAUGUUUCUAGACAUGAAAAAAUGGAUUCUAAUAUUUCUCAACUAACAGAUAAGAAUGAGUUGCUUACUGAACAGGUCCAUAAAGCUCGGGUGAAGUUCAAUACCUUAAAAGGUAAGCUCCGUGAGACAAGAGAUGCUCUCAGGGAAAAGACAUUGGCUUUAGGAAGUGUACAGCUGGACCUAAAGCAAGCGCAGCAUCGAAUAAAGGAAAUGAAGCAGAUGCAUCCAAAUGGGGAAGCUAAAGAAAGUCAAUCCAUUGGAAAGCAGAACUCUUUAGAGGAGAGAAUACGUCAACAAGAACUUGAAAAUCUCUUGCUUGAACGACAACUAGAGGAUGCUCGUAAGGAAGGCAAUAAUAAAGAGAUAGUCAUUAAUAUCCACAGAGACUGUCUUGAGAAUGGAAAGGAAGAUCUUCUAGAAGAAAGAAAUAAGGAAUUAAUGAAUGAAUAUAAUUAUUUAAAAGAAAAACUGCUUCAGUAUGAAAAAGAAAAAGCAGAAAGAGAAGUGAUUGUGAGAGAAUUUCAAGAAGAACUGGUCGAUCACCUUAAAAAAUUUUCAAUAUCAGAGUCUCCACUGGAAGGUACAUCACAGUGUCAUAUUAAUUUGGAUGAGACAUGGACUUCAAAGAAGAAAUUAUUUCAAGCAGAAAUUCAACCUGAAGAAAAACAUGAAGAAUUCAGAAAACUUUUUGAAUUAAUAUCAUUACUGAACUAUACUGCGGAUCAAAUAAGAAAGAAAAAUCAUGAAUUAGAAGAAGAGGCAACUGGAUAUAAGAAAUGCCUAGAAAUGACAAUAAAUAUGUUAAGUGCAUUUGCAAAUGAAGACUUCGGUUGCCAUGGAGACUUAAAUACAGACCAACUGAAAAUGGAUAUUCUGUUUAAGAAGCUAAAACAGAAGUUUAAUGAUCUUGUGGCCGAGAAGGAAGCUGUGUCUUCAAAAUGUGUCAAUUUGGCCAAAGACAAUGAAGUUCUUCAUCAGGAGUUAUUAUCUAUGAGAAAAGUACAAGAGAAACGUGAAAAACUUGAGAAGGAUAAAAAGAUGUUGGAAGAAGAAGUAUUAAAUCUUAAGACACAUAUGGAAAAAGAUAUGGUAGAACUUGGUAAACUACAAGAAUAUAAAUCGGAGCUGGAUGAAAGGACAAUGCAGGAAAUAGAAAAAUUAGAAGAAAUCCAUUUACAGAAACAAGCACAAUAUGAAAAACAAUUAGAGCAGUUAAACAAGGAUAAUACGGCUUCACUAAAAAAGAAGGAACUCACACUUAAAGAUGUGGAAUGUAAAUUCUCCAAAAUGAAAACUGCUUAUGAAGAGGUUACAACUGAAUUAGAAGAAUUUAAGGAAGCCUUUGCAGCAGCACUGAAAGCUAACAAUUCCAUGUCAAAAAAAUUAACGAAAUCGGAUAAGAAAAUAGCAGUGAUCAGCACCAAGCUCUUUACGGAGAAACAGCGGAUGAAAUAUUUUCUCAGCACUCUUCCUACAAGGCCAGACCCAGAGUUACCUUGUGUUGAAAAUCUUAAUGGUAUAGGACUUGACAGAAAAUAUAUUCCCAAAACGGCCAUAAGAAUUCCUACUUCAAACCCACAGCCUUCAAAUAACUGCAAGAACUCCUUGGCUGAGAUGGAGCUGGACCGUGUAGAACAAAUAAUUACAGGAACAAAGAAAAGUUUUGCUAUGUUGGGCGCUUGCUCCCGUCUACUUUCUUUUGUAGAAUCCACUGCACCGAGGAAGCACAGGCAAGCCCUUCCCAUCAUGCGCUCACUAGUCCCCAACAGAAGAACCGCUGUCGCAUCCACUGAGCAGGCUCCUGUUGUGGUGGGUUGUGUCAUCCCACGAUGUCACUCUUGCUGAGUCCCCAUCGCCUCUGUGUUUUGGAGCAGUUAGAGACACACAGCAGUCUCUGUGAGUGGCUCUGCAUGAAGGAUUGUUUUCUAGGUGAGACGCACAUCUCAACACAGCUGACUGAUCA